UAUGCAAAUAAUAAAUUAGAAUAUGCAAAUUUAACGCGUGUUUUCCAUGAAGUGGGCGCGGUUAAAGCGGAAGUGGGCGUGGUUAUCCGGUGGUGGGCGGGGUUUGUGGCGCCACGUGGGUGCCCCGAGCUGUGCCCACGUCCUGGGCGCUGCUGAGGCCGCGCCUCGGGUGCCCGUCCGGUCCUGGGGCACUCAGUUCAGGAAGGACAUUGAGCUGCUGGAAUAUCUCCAGAGAAGGGCUACGGGGUGGAGUACAGUCUGAUGAGCAGCGGCUGAGGGAGCUGGGGUGGCUGAGCCAGGAGAAAAGGGGGUUCAGGGGUGACCUUCUCACUCUCUGCAUCUACCUGAAGGGAAUUUGGAGGCAGGUGGGAGUAGGGCUUGUCUGCCCGGCAGCUAGUGACAGGACAAGAGGACACAGUCUUAAGCUAUGCAAGGGGAGGUUUAGGUUGGACAUUAGGAAGAAUUUCUUCACAGGAAGGUUACACAUUGGGAUGGGCUGCCCAGGGAGGUGGUGGAGUCACCAUCCCUGGAAGUGUUUCAGGAAGGACUGGACGUGGCACUUGGUGCUGUGGUCCGGUUAAACGUGGUGUCCUGUCACAGUUGGGCUUCGUGAUCUCAGAGAUCUUUUCCAGCCUAAUUGAUCCUGUGAUUCUGAGCUGUGCAUGCCCUGGCGUUGCGUGGGAUGGGCUCAGUGCCCUGCUCUGUGUGGGCUGUGCAUCACAGCUCUGCCCAGCACAUCCAGGAGGGACUGGCACUGCGGGGCUCUGCAUCUCUCUGUUCUCCCAACCUCUCUGCAUGGUCCCCACAUCCCACACAGCACAGUCCAGUGCUGGUGAUGGGCCAGGGCACAGGCAAAACCGGCCAGGAUCUCACAGCAGACAAGAGCUUCCUUGGCCCUGGUUGCCAGGAGAGUCUGAGGCAAAGCCAAGACCACAGUGUUGAAUACAGAAACCCUAGGAUAAGUCAAUCCAUCUCAGUCACCUGUCAGUGGGGGCAGCCACCCCUCCACAGACAGAACAUUUCCUCCUCAGCAACACCAAAGAGGGACCUGCACAGUUAACAAGAAGCGUUUAAAAUCCCUGCUGAGCCCCUCCUGCUUGGGAUGGAGCGGUGGCACCAUUUCCAAGAGCCAGGUCUCACGGAUCAGACAGAGCAUCUGCAUUGAUGGCAGAGCUGGAUCUGCCGCUGGGGCUCCCACCAAAACCAGCAGCAGCUCAGCAAGGGCAGGAUCAGUCCCUGACAUCCCCCCUGCCACCUCCCCCUCUCCGAAGUCCCAGCCAGACACCGCUCAGCCUUUAACCUGCAGGAAGCCUGGUUUUCCUGGCAGCAGCAUUUCCGAGGUAUUUCGGGCUCUCUUCCCCCUGAGGGUCCCCGCGCUCAGGAUGCGCAGCCGCGGGAAGCAGGGCCGGGCUGCCGGGCUGGGGAUGAGCUGCGGGGACUCGGUGAGAGCGCGGGGGGACUGCAGGGGGCAGCCCCAGCCUCGGGAGAGGGUGGGCGAGGAGGAGGAGCGUUCUCCAAAAGGGAUGAAGGAUGCUCGCAGGCGGCUCGGCCAAUGGGGAGGCGGGAUUUGGUUGUCAUGGCUACGGUUGGGAGGCAGAGCAGGGAGGCAGCGCUGGAAGAGAAGGGGUGCAGAGCCCCCCCCGAUCCUCUACAGGGGCUCGGGGCAGGCAGGGAGCCGGGGCAGGACAAACAGCCGGCCCUGGAGCCGGUUCAUUCUCUUGGGAGACCCAUGGCAGAAUCUGUUUAAAUGCUUUCUGAGGUAAGAGGGCUUUGGGGGGGUGCUGUGGGGGAGCUGUUUUGCCUGGCACAGUGAGAAGAGAGCUUAGAGUGCCUGGGGUGCUGAAUUCGGGGAUGGGGGUGAAGGGUAUGGUGCUGUCAGUGCCCCUCUCUUCUCCCCAGAGACCCCAGACCCCCAGGCACAGCUACACCUCAGGCUGCUGCAGGAGGUUGGCGUUCCUCGGGGAGCCCCCCUGACAGCACACCAGGACACCCGGGAGGGACACCUGGACCGUGUGUAUCUCAUCCUUAGAAUCCACUGCCUACUCCAGGAGCAUCACCACACCCAGAACAUCACGCCAUGAACGGGUACUUGAACGAAUCCAAUUUCCUGAUGGUGGAGGAGGGCUUCACCACCAGAGACCUCCUGGAGAACCUCCUGGGGGAGCUGUGCCAAGAGAGCGAGCAGCAGGCCUUCUUCGUGGCAGACCUUGGGGACAUCGUGAAGAAGCACCUGCGGUUCCUGAAGGCCUUGCCCCGAGUGAAACCCUAUUUCCCAGUUAAAUGCAACGGCAGCGAGGGGGUGAUCCGGCUGCUGGCAGAGCUGGGGGCAGGAUUUGCCUGUGCCAACAAGGCAGAGAUCACCCGGGUCCAGGGCAUCGGGGUCCCAGCUGACAGCAUCUUCUACAGCAGCCCCUGCAAGCAGGUCGCCCACAUCAGGCACGCGGCCGCCCACGGCGUGAGGCUGAUGGCCUUCGACAACGAGGUGGAGCUCAGCAAGGUGGCCAGGAGCCACCCCCGUGCCAGGAUGUUGCUGGGGAUCACUGCUGACUGCAUCCCUUGUGCCCAGCCGGGCAUGACCUUUGGGACCACGCUGAAAUCCUGCCGGCGCCUGCUGGAGGCAGCCAAGGAACAGGCCGUGGAGGUGGUGGGCAUCAGCUUCCACCUGGGCAGCCGUGGGCUGGAGCCCCAGGCCCUGGCACAGGCCGUGGCUGCAGCACAGCUGGUGUUUGACAUGGGCACGGAGCUGGGACACCACAUGCACCUCCUGGACAUCGGGGGAGGAUUCCCCGGCACCGAGGACGCCAGAGCCCCGCUGGAAGAGAUCGCUGCGGGGAUAAACGCUGCCCUGGAUUUGUACUUCCCCGAGGGCAGGGGGGUGGACAUUGUUGCCAGGCCUGGGCGUUACUAUGUCACCUCUGCCUUCACCUUGGCCGUCAGCAUCACUGCCUUGGAGGAGAUCCCCGUGGAGCAGCCUGGCUCUGACGAGGAAGAGUGUGGCAGCAAGAAGAGCCUGGUGUAUCACCUCAGUGACGGCAUCUACGGCUCCUUCAGCUGCCUCCUGUUCGACAGCCCCUGCCCCAGGCCCCGGCUGCACAAGAGACCCUGCCCAGAGCAGCCCUGGCACAGCAGCAGCCUGCGGGGCCCGCGGGGGCUCCCCGAGGAUCGCAUCGCCGACGGGCUGGAGCUGCCCCAGCUGCACGUGGGGGACUGGCUGGUUUUUGGGAACAUGGGAGCCUACACCAUCCCAGCCACCCCCACAUCGUCCCUGCUCACGGGGGGUCCCCAGCCACGGGUCACCUACGCCAUGUCCCGCAUGGCCUGGAAAGCCAUCCAGCUCUUCCAGGGAAAGCCACCCCAAGCAGAAGACGACCGUGAGAGCCUCUGCAUGCCCCUGUCCUGCGGCUGGGAGAUGGCAGAGACACUUUGUGUCCCUCCUGUCUUCGCUCCAGCUGGCAUCAUCUGAGCGAUGCUGGCACUGUGGGAGGAGGAGCCACGGUGGGAAAGGUCCUGUGGUGGUGCUGGCAGGGGAAAUGUCCCAUAAUGGUUUUGGGAUGGGAAAAAUCCCAUGGCAGCACCAGGGGAAAAGGUCCCACAGUGGCACUGGAGGGAUAAAAAUCCUACAGUCAUACCACAGUGGGAAAAUCCCAUGGCAGCACCAGAAGGGAAAGGUCCUAUGGUGGUGUCAGAGGGGGAAAGGAUCCCAUGGCAGUGCCAGGGAGAGGGAAGGUGCCAUCCUGCCUCUGGCAUGGCCCUGCUACGCUCUCAUGGACUUGGCAGUAAAUCCUGUCCCCUAAAUCCUGUCCCAUAAAUCCCAUCCCAUAAAUCCUGUCCCAUAAAUCCUG